AUGUUUCGAGUUGUCGUAACUCUUCUGAUUCUCACUGUCGCCGUGGAUGCCACAAGAAACCCGCAAAUCACCGAAAUCACAGCCGAUUUGCGCUUCGAAUGUCGAUUGGACAAUCGUUUCAUGUGGAAAUAUCAAGUGGUAUUUUUGGAGUAUGAUUUUGGCAGGUGAGUUAGGGUAACUUAAGAUAACUUCUCUAAGAUUACCCCCUAAAAAUUUCCAGAGCUCACGACGUUUUACACCGCUCCAAAGUGCACCGCGCAUUCUCCUCCAACCCACGAAACCGCUUCGUCUUCAAUGCUUCCGGAGGUGAUGGAAUUUUCGAUUCGAGCUACGAGAUUUAUGCGCAUGUUGUUCAUAAUUGCACACCGAGUGGCAAAAAAAUCGUGGCCAAAUUCUUUUUGGGAGAUGUUGGAACUUUCAGAACAUCAGAAUAUUUACGCAAAACUUUGACGCUUUAUUGA